AUGCCCCUCUACGAGCUGCUCUGCAUCGCCGCCUCGUCGGCAGAGUCGGCCCCGCUGCGCGACCUCGUCAAGUCGACGUCGAAGCUCGUCAUCGACAACGGCGGAGCCGUCCGCGGCAUCCAGUACUGGGGUCUCCGCAAGCUGCCCCAGCGCGCAAGGAGGCACCAGCAGUACCACACCCAGGGCGACUACUGGCUCAUGCACUUUGACUCAAACGCACCCGUCCUCAAGUCGCUAAACGACCGCCUCCGCGCCGACCCGCGCGUCAUCAAGUGGACCGCCCUCAAGCUCGGAGACCGCAUCGAACAGAUCGUCCCCAAGACGACGUCCGGCGGCAACGAGACGGGCAACGACAACCUCGAGUCCAGGGCCCUCUUUGGCGGAAAGACGAUCAAGUACCACGCACAGACAUGA